CGUCAGCUUUCAACUUGGUUCAUGUGCUGUCUGCAAUCAAAUCCCAACACGCUUUCUUUCUUUAUUGAUUUUGAUUCGAUUUGAUCUCUCCAUCUCUCUCCUUCCCCCACUAAUCUCCGAGGAAUCUCAGAAACUGUGACCUUUUGAUUCUCUCUAGUAAUCAUCGUACGAUCUGUUCAAAAUUUUAAAUGGCAGCAGAAGGGUUGAGAGUGGAUCAAAGGCAUGGCAAAGCCAGAGUUAGAGUUGGGAGAGUUUGGCGUCAAGGCUUGGAUGGAUCUCAUCACUUUGUCGAAUGGAACGUUAGCAUCAGUCUUCUCUCUCACUGCCUCUCUUCUUACCACCGUGACGAUAACUCCGACAUCGUCGCCACCGAUACCAUGAAAAACACCGUUUAUGUCAAGGCGAAAGAGUGUGGAGAUCGACUCUCUGUUGAGGAAUUUGCAAUACUUUUAGGGAAUCACUUUUGCUCCUUUUAUCCACAGGUUUACACUGCUAUUGUUAAUAUCAUUGAGAAGCCAUGGGAGCGUGUAUGCAUCGAUGGAAAGCCCCAUUUACAUGGUUUCAAGCUUGGGUCAGAGAACCAUACUGUGGAGGCUACAGUACAUAAGUCUGGUGCACUAACCUUAACUUCCGGUGUUGCAGGACUAGCUCUGCUUAAGACAACCCAGUCAGGAUUUGAGAAGUUUGUGAGAGACAAGUACACCAUUCUUCCUGAUACUCGAGAGAGAAUGCUUGCUACAGAGGUGAAUGCAUCUUGGAGGUAUUCGUACGAGUCUGUUGCAAGCAUUCCGAAAAAGGAACUCUACUUCAAUGAGAAGUUCAUGGAAGUAAAGAAAGUUCUGAUGGAUACUUUCUUUGGUCCUCCUGAAACCGGUGUGUACAGCCCUUCUGUCCAACGCACUCUCUAUCUUAUGGGAGGCGCUGUACUGAGAAGGUUCGCUGAUGUAGCAUCGAUUCACCUUAAAAUGCCAAAUAUUCACUUUUUACCUGUAAAUCUUUCAUCCAAGGAAAACCCUUCAAUGGUUAAGUUUAAGGAUGAUGUUUAUCUGCCAACGGAUGAACCUCAUGGAUCUAUUGAAGCGACCCUAAGCCGCAUAACCUCGAAAAUGUAAGCUUUUGGACAAUGCAAUGAUGGAUUAAAGACUACUUCACAUGUUCUACAACUUUUGGCUUUUGCCUUGUUUAUGAAAUAAAGAGGGACACUCUUCAUGAGGUACACAAAAAUGUAUGUGAUGCAUGGGUUUGCAUUUAUAUGCUAUAUAACUAUGUAGUACAGAGCUUCCUUGUACCCAAAAUAUUUCAACUUGAAUUAUAAUUUUCUUGUUUUGGUUGAA